AUGGCCGCCGCCUCCCGUCCGAUUCAGGUCACCGGUCGUUCGAUUCGAGCCGCUGGCCGUCCGAUUCGAGCCACCGUCAUCGCGGCCGUCGCCGCCGCCCCGGCCGUCCGAUUCCGGCUGCCUGUUCUCUCCGGGCCGCCGCCGUCCCGACUGUCUGUCGCCGCCCCGGCCAUCCAAUUACGGCCGCCGCCCCAGCCGUCCAAUGCCGCUGGUCCUCUCCUGGCCGUGCGCCACCCGCGUCCCGGUUCCAAACCUGCAUACACCGGCAAACCAGCCCGCACCAACCCGCUGUUGAUUGCUGCUGCUCUUUCUCCACUUGCUGCUGCUGUUGCGCGAUGCAGGUUGAGCGUCUCGCCUCCAGUGAUGCAGCGGCAGUGGCGGCGCUUAGCAGGCGAGGCUAAGUUGCGGGCGAACAGUGCAGGGGCAAGAGCAGGAUGGACGACGCGCAGCUAG